GUCUUCUUCGUCUGUCAGAAGUGCGCGCGCGCUUGAAUACUUAUUAAAAAUCAGCAAUUUAAGUUUUACUUUAGUUUUUAAAUUAAUGAGUGUGAAUAAGCUUAAUUUUCUGGUUUGUUGGUUGUUAUCAUAAGUUUAUGUGAGAUCAUUUGAAGAUUUGAAAUUGACUUGAACAUGCCUGACCAAGAAAUGGAGUCCAAUAAGGACCUCGUGAACAUCAAGAACUGGUUGUGCAAACAACCGCAUUUACCUCACGAUGUUGAUGAGACCCUGCUUCGGCGGUUCCUCGCGAGCAGCGGCUACAGUAUGGAGCGCGCCAAACGAACCAUCGAUCUGUUCUUCACAAUCAGGUCCAACUCGCCAGAGAUAUUCAGCAUGCGAGACCCGUGGUCCGCAGAGAUCCGACGUGUGUUUGAAAUCACAGACCUGAUCCCUCUACCGAAGAAGACGAAUGAGAACUACAAAGUAUUUUUGUACCGUCUCCGGAGCCCUGACAUGGACCUGUUUAACUUUGUGGAUGCGGUGAAAACGUUCUUCAUGCUCGCUGACACCAGGCUGACAGAGGAAGACGAUAUACCCGACGGCGAGAUCCCCAUCUUCGACUCCGCCAACGUAUCGCUCAAGUUCAUACCAAAAAUCAAUCUAUCCGUCAUGAGGAAGUACAUGCUAUACUCACAGGAAGCCCUCCCUAUACGUCUGAAGCAGGUCCACGUGAUCAACGCUCCGGCCUACAUCGGCAAGAUUCAUGCCAUCUGCAAGCCAUUCCUCAAAGCGGAGGUGGCAAAGAUGAUCAAGUUCCAUGAGCCCAAUUCGGACACUCUUUAUAAGGACAUCCCACGGGAGCUUUUGCCCGACGAAUAUGGCGGCAAGGCAGGUUGCCUGGAUGACAUCAAGCGGCACUGGGUAAAGCGAAUGGAGGCUAAAAGGGAUUGGUUCCUAUCGUCUGACAAACGCUGGGCGGUGGAGGAGUCGCUGCGGCCGCCCGCCGCGUGCGCCGAUCCGCGCGCGCGCUCUGUACGCGACUUGCCCGGCUCGUUCCGCUCGCUCGCAUUCGACUAGAUUCGUAUAUGUCUGUCUCACUCACUCCUGCCUCUGUUAUAGUCGGUAGGAAUGGACUGUGUUGUGUCCUGGAGCGUCAGAAACUUAUCGGUUUCGAAUGCGUUAGAUUAGAAUCACAUCAUUAAAGUGUGUUGUAUUGCAGCGCUUAUUCGCAUAUUGCCUACCCUGAUCCCAUGCUUAGCCACAAAAGAGUUCUCGACACUGGAAAAUAACUCUAAAGAUAUUAUUGUUAUUUGGUUGUAGUUAUCUGUAAGAUGCAAGUUACUUCCCCCAACAGGGGAUAAAACCCGCUUUCUUUUGUUUGAUUAUUUGUAGUUGCAUUGGAAGUGACGAUUGUGAGUGUGAUUGUGAAUCUAAUGAAAAUGGUGGUUAAGCACCCAGUCAGUAAAUACCUCGUUUAAAUCUGAAGAAAACUUUACUAGAAAGAGAUUCCAAGUGGACCAGGCAGCAGACGGGCCAAAAUAUACCCUGUUUAACUUAAGAAGUUCAAGUUAAUGUCACCAUAGUAUAGUAUUGCUAUAUUGAGAUUUGCGCUAUUUAGUUGGCUAACAUAACAUUUCUAAAUCUGUAGGCUAUAGGCUCUCAAAAUUUCUUGCAACUACGAGAAUACCGUACUAUAAAGAAAUAAUAAUAGGUAUUACUGACAUAUUUCAAUAUUCUGCUAAUGCUGUCAAUAAGUUUUCUAUUAAAUAACUUUGAUUAGUCCAUGAUUUGGGUUAUCGACUAUUAUUAUUUUAUAAUACAUAGUUUCUCUAUCAUACUUUUUAUUAUAGUGAAUACUGAAUAUUUUUAGAUUUUUUUUAGACACCUUGGACUUAGUUGUGUUAAAGUUACCAUACUCCCAUGUAUAAAGUACCAUUUGUUUAAAGUAAAAUUAAUUACGAUGUGAACGUCAUUCUUUUGCUUUGUUUCAUUUAUUUUGAUGUAAGUAAUUCUAAAAAUAUUGGAAUCAAAAACUUUAUGUGAUAUUAAGUAGAUUUAAAAAAAAAGUAUUUAUAAAGAAUUUUUGUGAUUAAUAAAAGGGUUUUUAUGAGAAAACUAUGAUCAG